UAUGUCGGUCCAAGAAAUAAAUAAACAUGCAGUUCUCCCUCCUAUCAUUAGUAGAAGUGACCAGGAAUUUCUGGAAAGUAUGCAAAGAUACAUAAUUACAGAAACUGAAAGAGUGGGCUGUAAUGAGGAAGGUCCUGCUGAUGAAUAUUACAUCAUAUACCGACAUGUUUUUGAUAAGGUAAUAGAGUAUGUCACUGCGUACAAAUCCAUUCUUACUUCAAUCAAAAAAGAAUAUGAUGCCUGUAUUGAGACAAUGAAGGAAGGCCAAAGAAGUGCACUUUGUCUUCAUGGAAAACUUAAAGCUCUGGCGGCAGAGCCCGUAACACUGGUAUAUCACAGGAAAAGAACAAUCCAACUUGAAGCAAAAAUGAGGGUUAUUGAAAAUAAUUCCUCAAAAAUUCAAUUGCAAAUAGACCAAAUGAAACAACUUAGGGCAGAAUAUGACACAGAAGAAGUAAAAUGUACUUUCUCCAAAGAUCCUUCAAAACCUAUUCCAGGCAUGACUCUCCAAGAAUCCGUCAAUUUAGAUGCUCUCACUGCGUACCUGAAACAUCUUGAAGAUAAAUAUGCAGAAAUUAAACAGGUUAUGUUGAAAAAAUAUGUACCAGUUCAGAUGAAGGCAGAUUUAGAUAAGGAAAUGAUGGUGAUAUUAAAACGGAGAGAUUUAGCUGAAAAUUUAAACAAAGAAUUACAGUUUUGUCAUCAAAGACUGCAGAUUAUUUCAAAUGCACUUACUUCAUGGGUAAAAUCUGAUACGAGCAGCUCAUUUCAAGAUAUCGUGGAGCAAAUUCAUAAAACUAAAGAUUUCCAUGGUGACCAAGGCAUUGUUGAGGAACUGCUUGAAGAUGAUCCAGGCAAGGCAAGAGAAGCUGAAAAUUUGCUUUACUACAUUGAAAGGUUCAGUGAAUUAAUGUCACUUGGUGAAUAUGAAAAGGCAGCUUGUUCUGCAGCACAUAGUCCUAGAAGAGUUCUUCAAAACAUUGGGACAGUAAAUAAACUUAAGGCUGUUGGAAAGACUAGAGGAAAGCCUUUUCCAUUACUCUUAUUUUUUGAAACCAUCUUUAGCACAAGUCAUGCAUGCAGACAUCCUAUCAAUGCAGAACUGACCCUGGAAGGAAUCAAAUGUGGAUUAUCUGAAAAACGUUUAGAUUUAGUUAUCAAUUGGGUCACCCAGGAAAGGCUCACAUUUUCUGAGGAGGCUGGGGAUGUCAUUUAUGAUUAUGGGGAGCAGGAUACUUAUAACAAGGCCAAGUGCCUAGCUUUAGCUCAGAUUAUCUACACUGAAUGUGGCCUACACAAGAAGGCUCUUCUUUGCCUGUGUAAACAGGGUCAGAUUUAUGGGGCCAUGGAAUAUGUACAGCAGUUCAAGGACUUGACUUCCGAUGACCUGAUGGAGCUAAUAAAGUUAUGUCCUCACACCGAAUUAAUUCUGUGUCUCACUAGAGAAUGGAACGGGAAACCACCAUCUUUAUCUUUUGGUCUUGCUAUACUUCAUCUGUUCUCUGUAGAUAUGAAAAAAGUUGGCAUUAAGCUACUUCAAGAGAUAAGUAAAGGUGGAAAAGGUUUAGUUGAACAACUUAUGAUAAAUGAUCCAUUUUGCUCAUUAGAAAACUGGCAAGAAGUGGCAAAUAUAUGUUUACAGAAUGGCUUUGACAGAACGUCUCAUGACAUCAUGUCUGUUCUUCGAUCUCAGGCUGGAGUUACAGAAAUUUCUCAAGAGGAUGAUGCAGUCAACCUAAUGGAACAUGUUUUUUGGUAGUGCUCUGUCUUAGCCAGUUGAGGGAGCUUGUAUAACAUUUCAUGUGUGUUGGUUGGACAAAUUGAUUUUGGCAUAACUAAUUUAUAAAUAAAUCCAAAGUAUGAAGCUCUCAGAAAUAA